AAACUUACGUCCAAGUAGCCUCAAAACCAGUCAUAUUUGUUUAUUAUUCUUCUCAAGGAACAUGAGAACAUUACUUUUACUGAAAAAAAUAAAUUUAUAUGUUUACCCCAGACGUUUUAAAUCAGACUGUUUCGUGACAACUCCGAUUUACUAUGUCAACGCUUCUCCGCACAUGGGUCACCUGUACAGUUCGUUGUUGGCAGAUGCAUACUACAGAUUUCAACUCUUGCUCGGUCACAAAGAAGGCGUAUUCUCAACGGGAACUGAUGAACAUGGAAUAAAGGUCCAACAGGCCGCUGCAGCUUCAGGUCUACCUCUUCUCGAGUACUGUGAUAAAAUAUCUGCGGAAUAUAGAAAUCUAUUCGACGAGUUUGCAAUCGGGUACAAUCAAUUUAUAAGGACGUCGGACCAAAAGCACAAAGAUACUGUCCAGCAUUACUGGAAAAUCCUUGAUAAAAAAGGGUAUAUAAGAAAAGGCACUUAUAAAGGGUGGUAUUGUGAUGCUGAUGAGGCUUUUCUUACCGAAGCUCAAGUGACUCAUGUAAAGUCAAACGGGGAAAAUUCAGUUGUCAGUGUUGAUUCCGGGAGGCCAGUGCAUUGGGUCGAAGAGGCAAACUAUGAAUUUGACCUUCCUAGGGUCAAAGACAGAGUUAAAACUUGGAUCAACUCAGGUGAAUCCAUCAGGCCAAAAAAGUUUCAAGAUCUCUGUAACACCUGGCUCAAAGAGGGGCUUAUGGAUCAACCACUGUCAGUCUCGAGGCCUAAGAAAAGGGUCCAUUGGGCAAUCGAAGUGCCUGGCGAUUCUGAACAAUCCAUUUAUGUGUGGCUUGAUGCUCUUUUAAAUUACUUAACAGUUAGGGAACAUCUUUGGCCCCCCACUUGUCAAAUAUUGGGAAAGGACAUUCUCAAGUUCCAUGGAAUUUAUUGGCCUGCAUUUUUAGCGGCACUUGAGUUAGACAUGCCGAGGUCAUUUCUCGUCCAUUCACAUUGGACAGUAGAAGGGGAAAAGAUGUCCAAAUCAAAAGGAAAUGUCAUUAAUCCCAGAAUUUGUGCAGAAAAAUUUGGCAUCUCCGGUGUACGAUAUUUUUUACUAAGGGAAGGAACACCACAUUCAGACAGCAAUUACAGUGAAACGAAAAUAUUCAGAGUAUUGAAUUCAGAGUUGGCAGACACAUUUGGUAAUCUUUUAAGCCGAAGUACAGGAUCAGCUGUCAACAAGAAACAAGUUUUUCCGCCUUUUGAUAGAAACAAUUUUGAUAAAUACUGCAAAAUGCAAGCUUCUGAACUGAUAUCUCUUUUGGAAAUUUUACAAGAUGAAGUCGGAGAAUAUUACAGUGAAUUAAACUUUUACAAAGGAAUCGCAUUGGUCAUGAAAGUCCUUCACACUGCAAAUUGCUUUGUCGAAUCCAUGAAGCCUUGGGAGCUACGCAAAGACCCAUCGUGCAGUGCACACUUGGACUGCGUCCUACACCUUUCUUUGGAAUGUUUGAGAAUUUGCAGUAUCGCGUUAACGCCGGUGAUUCCGAUGUUGACGAAUAAACUUCUGGACAAGCUCAGCAUUCCAGUCGAAGCCCGCACUUGGCCAGACAUGGUGCCGAGCUGGAAGAAAGAGUUCGAAGGAAGUAGCCUAGCUCAUGAAAAACUCAUUCUUUAUAGAAGAAUUCAGGCAUAAAUGUAAAUCACAAUUGUUUUUAAAACCAUUCUAAGGCUGAAACACUGCUCAAACAAAAAAGCGCAAUUUGGAAUUUUCAUAUCUUUUUAAGUUUCUUCCUUUUUGCUAAAAAUUUUUUACAAUUCAGGUAUUUAUUAAAAGAUUUGGUUAGUGCAGAAAUAAAAACAAAAAUUUUUAAUUGUAUGUGUUAUUCCUCUUACAAUUAUUACACACAUCUCAGCAUACUCAUAAUUAAGCCUUCAACGUCUUGAGGAAUUUCAUCGCAAAUCUCGUCUAAUGAAACUUUCAGCUCAGCUAAGGUUGUAUGAGGGUUUUUUCUUUGUUUUAUCCAAUGUCUGAACUGAUCCGAAAAGUUCUCAAUGGGGUUCAAAUCAGGGAUAUGGGCUGGCCAUCUUAUAGUUCGGAUAUUGACCUUUCGAAGGUACUGGAUAACUGUGGUAGCAACAGUCUUGGAUUAUAAUGCAAAAACAAGAACUUCUUGCCAAUAACAAACAAACGGCAUCACAUUAAACAUAUUAAAUGAUAUCCAAUUGUAACAUUUUUGCCUCAAAGAAAUUCCACUCAACAUUAUAGUUAAACCACCUCCGAAAGACCUCUUCUGGUGAACGAAGAGAAAACGGGCUUGUCUGAAAACAUGGCAUUCCUCUAUUCAGUUUCUAUCCACUGUCAGUGUUUCCUUGCAAACUAAUUGGGUCCAACAAAAGUCUCUAGUAAGCACUGGACAAGUUGCUCAUGAUGUAGACUCAUUUCUGCAAGUCUCCUUUCAGCGCUAACAGAAACAUUGUGCACGGUUCAAAGUCUAGGAAAUGUUUCAGCAGUGGAAAAGUGAUUUCUCAGAGUGUGCAAUAUGAUAAAUCGGUCGUUGGCUGGGUCUUGGGUGAUCUGAUACUGGUCUCCAAGUAUAACUUGUAUCUCCCAGUACACUUGACCUCCUUCCAGCAGGCAAACCUAAAAUGUGUAAUGCGAUUUCUUUCAUAUUAAAGGAGUGCAAUGGCCCAGGCAACUUGCUCACUGAUUAUGAACAUUUUCAUAAUCAUUUUAUUUCGAGUCACCAAAACAACAGUGAAUAAAGGCAUUUUUAGUAAAUGCUUUUUUUAAUUGAUUUACGUUAUGGGGGGGUUUAGCAGUUUGGCCUCACAAACAGCGGCAAAAACCAACACAUUUUGUUUAAUUAUAAUUAUUAAAUCAUUUUUAAAGCAAAAACAAAAAUUAUGGCCAAAAC